UUUUAGGACUGUCACUGUUCACUUUAGCACUGCACCUCGGAGUUGUCAUUUAGCUUAGCUCCCCUGGGUUGUUUUCCUUCAGAAAGCCAUGUUAAAGUGAACCGAAAUACGCAAAACAUCAAACUUGUUCAGAAAGGGAGCGAAAACAAGUGUUCCGGACUUCAGGAAGCAGGUUCCAGCGGGAGUCCGACCCCAUGGCAUCCGCCGGACAGAUGUAUCCGAGGGAGGGCGCGGGGCUCGGGGAGAGCCUGUCGAGCAGCGGCAGCUCAGACAAUCUGAACUCCUUCGCUGUCAACCGCGUCCUCAUGGAGUUCCUCGCGUACUUCGGCAGAGCCAUGGUCGUGCUGUACCCCGUGUACCUGACAGGAUACCUGGGCCUCAGUGUCAGCUGGGUGCUGCUGUGCAUGGUGAUGGUCACCUGGUGGAAGAAGAACCGCCAGUGGAAAGACGCCCGGAUCGGAACCGCCAUUGAUUUCGUGGACAAUGAGACAUAUGUGGUCAAUAAGGAGCUGGAGGGCGCCUUACAGAUGGCAUCAUGGGUCCACUUUUCUGAUGUUGAGAAAGUUGACUGGGUUAACAAGGUGUUGGAGCAGGCCUGGCCUUUCUUUGGGAUGUACAUGGAGAAACUCCUAAAGGAAAACAUCCAGCCGUCUGUCAGGCUCUCCAGCCCCGCGCUCAAAAUGUUCACUUUCACCAAGGUCCACUUUGGACACGUGCCUCCCAGGAUCACUGGCAUGAAAGCUUACACACAUGAAGUGGAUCACAGGGAGGUCAUUCUGGACAUGAAUAUAAGUUAUGAAGGCGAUGUGGACAUCGACGCUGAGGUGCAGGCGCCUAUCACAGCUGGUGUCAAAGGACUUAAACUCGGCGGGAUGAUGAGGGUGAUUUUGGAGCCUCUCAUUGGUCAAGCGCCACUGGUGGGAGGAGUCACCUUUUUUUUCAUUCGCCGCCCUACCCUUGAGAUAAACUGGACUGGAAUGACCAACCUUUUGGACAGCCCUGCCUUCAGCUCGCUGUCUGAGGGGACCAUCAUGGACAUCAUUGCCUCACUCAUGGUGUUGCCUAAUCGCAUGUGUGUGCCCCUCAUAGACCAGGUCAAAGUGGACCAGAUGAGGUUCCCGCUACCUCGAGGUGUGGUGAGGGUCCACUUGCUGGAAGCCAGAGACCUGAUGGCGAAGGACACGUACAUGAUGGGUAUUGUGAAAGGAAAAUCUGACCCCUAUGCAACACUCAGAGUGGGCAACCGACAUUUUAAAAGCAAGACCAUCAAAGAGAAUUUGCAUCCCAGAUGGAAUGAAGUGUAUGAGUUUGUCGUCCAUGAAGCCCCGGGGCAAGAGCUGGAGGUGGAAGUAUUUGACGAGGACACAGACAAAGAUGACCAACUUGGAUCGUUUAACCUUGAUUUUGGAGAAGUGAAGAAGGAAGUAGAAAUGGAUAAGUGGUUUCCCCUGGAAGCGGUCCAGAGUGGAGAAGUUCAUCUCAAGCUCCAGUGGUUUUCACUUCAGACCGACCCCAGCCUGCUGAGAGAGUCUUCGGACGGCCUUGCUUGUGCUAUGCUCUCUGUGUAUCUGGACAACGCCUCAAACCUGCCAAAAGACCGCAAGGAGAUCGGUGAGCACCACAAACAUGGGAAGCACUCGAAGGAAGCUCGGCUCACAAAGAGAACUGCCGCUCCAAACUCCUAUGUGGAGUUUUCCAUUGAUGAAGACAUCCAGAAAAGCAAGGUUGUGUUCUCAAAUAAAGACCCGAAAUGGGAGGAGGGCUUCACCUUCUUUGUGCACAGUGUUAGAACACAGCAGCUCGUGGUUCAGGUCAAAGAGCAUGAGAAAAAGAAUCAGCUCGGAGUUCUCAACUUGCCUCUGAGUCGCCUCCUCCAAGCCUCUGAUAUGACUUUCGACCAGCGCGUCCCGCUCGAGCGCUCCGGAGCAAACAGCCAGAUCAAGCUGAAAGCAACUCUCAGGGUUCUUGCUAUUGAAAAGCCACCACCCAAGAUUGUCCUGAAUCCUCCAGAAGACAAACAACUAAGGGCACGGACUAACCAAGAAGCUAACGCCUCUUUGGCUACUCCGAACGCUGCAUCGUCUGCUGCACUAUCCCCCAACACCGUCCCCGCUGCCCAAUCCGUAUCUCCGACCCGACUGGCCGAAAACCAGAAUGGCCCAGAUGAAACCUGGCGGUCACCCUCUUCUACGCCGAACAUGCGUCGGUAUGACUCCCACAGCCUGCUGUCAGAGAACUCCAUGGCUUCGUCACGUUUUGACGUUUCAGAAGGUGCCUCAUAUCCAGAGGCCAUCAGGAAACAUCAGGGUUCAUUUGGAGAGAUCCAGCUGACGUUGCGCUAUGCCAUCCUGAGGAACAAACUCAUUGUCCUGGUUAACUCCUGCAGGAACUUAUUCCGCUUUAGUGAGAGUGGCACCGACUCUUAUGUCCGCCUGUAUUUUCUCCCUGACCAAUCCUGGAUUCACCGCAAGAGGACACAAGUCAAGAAGAGGACAGUCAAUCCUGUCUUCAAUCACAAGUUUGAAUUUGACGUGUCACUUGAAGAAGCACAAACCAGGAAGCUGGAUGUGUCAGUAAAAAAUGGCAAGAUGUUCCACUCACGGGAGAGAAAGGACAUUGGCAUGGUUUUGAUAGAUCUAUCACAGUUGGAUUUAACCAAAGGCAUCACAGAAUGGUUUGAGCUCACACUGCCUGGGCUGAAGAAAUAAAGCUAAAGGGUAGAGCUGUAAAAACUUGUGUUUUCAGAGCAGCUCAACAGCCAAGGCCAAAUACAAGCCAGAUAAAUGCUGGACGAGUUGCACACUUCUUUGUCUUCUUUAUCAUUGUGGACCAGAGUUGGGUUUUCCAAACGCAGCACUUCAUAUAUAUAUAUAUCUAUAUAUAUUCCACACUCCAGUCCCCUCACCCAACCGCCUACUCUGAUGAAUUAAAUAUAGUUUCUUGACAAGCAGAAACCAAAUGAUCCCGAAUAAUAAUGCUAUUGCUAAGCAUUUAUAUUCCAAAAGACAUCUUUGUAACAUGAAACAAGGUAAUUUCUUUAAUUUGGAUACAUUUGGUUUUUCAGUUGAUAUGGAAGCCAAUCAUCCUUUUGUAUUUUUUUUUUGUAAAUAUUUAUAUUGAUAGUUUUUAUUUAAUAUUUUACAGGUUGGAAAUAAAUGAAAACGCAAGUUUGUUUGUUGCAGCAGUCAAGGGGAGUCAUUACAUAUUAAAGAACAGUUACAGACUUUUAUAUAUAUUCGCACCUGGAAGAACCCAAAAUACAAAAAGGUUUUGUGUGGACAGCUAAACCAUUUAACUGAAGCAGCUGAUUCAUUGGGGGAAAACAGCAUCCAAGUAAGGCACAUGAGAAAUAAAGUUCUUUGCUCAAGGAAACCUUGACUUUAGUUACUGAAGCAGUGGGUACAUCUUUUGACCACUCUUAGAUUUACCAUUAUUUAAGAUAUCUUCAGUCUCAAUAUUUUAAAUACUCUCACACAUCGUAACUGCGUGGAUUACAUCUGUCUCCAGGAUUUCUUUUUUAUACAACUUGAUGAACAUGCCUUUACGUACCCUUAGGUCCCCAUGUGGUUCUCGUGCAGAGUGAAAUAGCAUUUUUAUAGAGCUAAAAAUUCAGCAAGACGUGGAAAAAUUAUUUUUACACCAUAACCACAUUACAUUUUGUCGACUUACAUUCUAGUCUUCCAUAGAUUUUAUGGUAGCCAUGCUAAAAAAAUGUUGUUGACUUGUUACUAUAUAAAGUUGAGCCAAGAAUUUGGACUUUACUAAUAUUGCUGUUUAUCUGUUGUCUGUUUAAAUUAUUUAGUAGCUGGAAAAUUUAUGAAGCGUUUUUGUUUUUCUCUGUUUUGAAUUGAGGCUGUAAAUGACUGUAACAUUUGUUGUCAGCUUACAUUUUAAUGGCAAAUAAAAAUGUUCUCCAACAAUUUAA